GAAGACGGUGUCGAAUUUGAUACGAAAUAGGCUGGUGUUAAGUUGAAGCUUGUUGAAGUAGUGGUUCGUGUGAAUUAGAUUGAUGGAUCAUGGAGCAUAUUCUUAGUAAAAUUAUAGUACAUGCAGUCCAAGGUUCUGCGCGUGCGCCGUACCCUGCUCCGGUAGAGUUACCGGAUUCCGAGCAGGACCAAGUUUUAUAUAACACCGUUCAACGUCCCCCGCUAUAGAGUCUGCGUGUCGAAAGACUUGGCUCUUGUAAGAAUACACCAAGAAUUUCAAUCAUCUCGAGAUCUGAAUGAGACGGUAGACAGUAACAGAGAAAGAAAUCUAGGUCUGAUUAUUUCUGUCGUUCGUUUGCUUGGCAUAAUAUUGGCUACAUCAAGCCGGGGUCUUCUAGUCUGUCGUAACCUCCAGCCAGCAGCCGCAAAAUUAAAUCUGAAUAUUAAAAUAAGCGGGGUGACGUCACCACGAGGAAGUGGUAAUUUAGCGAAGUGAAACUGUGGCCCACCCGUGCCAGCGUUGAGUCGACUUUCAGGCUUAUUUCUAUUUCUGAAGUCUGCGUAGGUCAUACAGUGUGUUGUGUUUGCUACUGAGCAGAUGUCCACAAAAUGUUAGCGUGGACGGUAUUAUUUUUAGGCAGGGUUUCCUUGCUAGCGCGGCUGGGGCGGAUGCGUAGCGCUGAGUAGCCCCGGAGAGUUCCCCGUUUUAAAUCACGGCCAGAAAUAGGCCCAGGGUUGGUCUUUCUGUCUGAACUGAGAUCUAGCAUGAUGGUGCGUUUGGGCCGAGCGACAAAGUAGGCCUACAUCGGCAGAGUUGUCGGUUUGGAAAACUGCUGCAGCACAGGGAAUCCGAAGGUCUAUGCCACAACGCCCAAAGCACGAGGCAAACGGAUCACUUUGUAAGGAGAACUAUAUAAGGAGCUAAUUUCUUCGUUCCUUCGAAUCUGACAGUCAGUUAGGGCGUGUCCCUACCACAGACCCAGCAUGGGAAACAAGGAAAGCUCCCAUAGUAACGGACUUGACGGCCCAGACGGCUAUGACCACAGCACCUCAACCAUCACCGUAUCCUCAGCUAAACUUGGCCGGGACAGAAAGGACCGGAAGGACAAAGACAAAAAGCCCAAGAAGGGCAAGGCUCGUAAAGACUCCGUAAAUGCUGCUACGAGUAGCGGUGCUGGGAUUGGAAGUAGUGGGGCAGGAGGCGAUCAGGACCGGCAGAACCAUGUUGGUGGAGACGUUGGAGGAGGCGGUGCUGGAUCCGUUGGGGUUAUGAUCUCAGCUGGCGUGGGUAAUGAUCAGAUGGGAAUUAUGCACUCGCCUAGUACAAGACCAGCUGGUGAGCGUUACAAAGCACUGUAUGACUAUGAAGCCAGGACAGCAGACGAUCUCACUUUCCGAAAGGGGGAGAUACUCAUUAUCACAAAUAAAACCGACCCCAACUGGUGGUUGGCUACCUCAAUGCUGACGAAGCGAGAAGGUUAUGUGCCGAGAAACUACAUCGAACCGGCGGAUGUACUUCAGGCGGAAGACUGGUUCUUCGAGAAGAUGACGAGAAAGGAAGCGGAGAAGCAGCUUCAGCUGGCGGGAAACUCCCGGGGGACAUUCCUCAUUAGGGGCAGCGAAACGAGUCCAGGUAGUGCCUACUCGUUAUCCGUCUUGGAUCAUGACGACGCUAGAGGCUUUAAUGUCAAACAUUACCGCAUAAGAACUCUGGACAACGGUGGUUACUACAUCAGCACACGCAUUACUUUCCAUACGCUACAUGAUUUGGUCAACCAUUAUACAAGCCAAGCAGACGGACUGGUCUGCCGUCUACUGAACCCUUGCCCACGCCAGAAACCCGUCAUGUUUGAGAUCAGCAAAGACGUCUGGGAGAUUCCGCGUCGCUCCAUCAAGCUGGAACGCAAACUGGGCAAUGGACAAUUCGGCGAGGUUUGGGAAGGUGCGUUGCUGGAGAGAGCCGAAGAGCAUUCCCGUACAUGGAAUGGAACCGUGCGAGUUGCAGUGAAGACGUUGAAGGAAGGCGCCAUGGAUCCCACGGCCUUCCUUCAAGAAGCCAACAUCAUGAAGAAACUGCGGCAUCCGAAACUGGUGGCUCUUCUCGCCGUCUGUUCAGAGGGAGAGCCAAUCUACAUAGUGACGGAGCUGAUGACGAACGGCUGUCUGCUGGAUUACCUGCACGAGGGAGAGGGGAAACAACUACGGGAACCCGAGCUCAUCGAUAUCACGGCACAGGUUGCAGACGGCAUGGCGUACCUGGAAUCACAGCGAUUCGUCCAUCGUGACCUGGCAGCCAGGAACAUCUUGGUGGGAGACCUCAGAAAUUGCAAAGUUGCCGACUUUGGACUCUCGCGUAUCAUCGAAGAUGAGUACAUCGCAAAGGAAGGUGCAAAGAUGCCCAUCAAAUGGACCGCUCCUGAGGCCAUAAACUUCGGCAAGUUCACCAUCAAGUCCGAUGUCUGGUCCUUCGGAAUUCUUAUUUACGAGGUCAUCACUAAAGGGAGGGUGCCUUAUCCAGGCAUGGUGAACCGGGAAGUGCUAGACCAGGUCUCCCGUGGCUAUCGGAUGCCCAAGCCUCCAGAAUGCCCGGACCAGCUCUACGAUAUCACCAAGCAAUGCUGGGAUGCUGUCCCUGAGAAGCGACCAACCUUCGAGUUCCUCCACUCUUUCCUGGAUGACUUCUAUCACGCCUCAGAGAUCCAGUAUCAGUAGGACCACGAGCUUGGCCGCCAUCUUAGAUCACACGACAAUCAUAAGUAUUGGUUUUUUUUCUACCAUGGGGCUGAAAUUGAUACGGAGUUUAAUUUAGUGCAAUGUAUAAACUGGCGCCAUAUGUUUUGUGUGUGCCAAAUUCUAUUGUAAUGAAACAAUUUUCUAAGUUUAAGAUUUGAAGAAGACAAUGUUACAUCCAUUACUCUCUUGGGGGCGCUGUCUAAAAUCUUAGUGGAUAAUCGGUAUACGGCAUGAUGACGACUUGGAUAUUGAAAGUGUUGCGCAACUGUUGUGUAGUUUCUAGUGUGCUCCACGCAUGCAGACUUUAGACUUGUUCUGCCCAGAUGCAACGAUAUCAAGUGUCAUUUGCCAUCGUGGCAGAUUCGUCGUAUUUGCUAAAACAAUUGUCAAGUGGUUUAAUGGAACAAAAGGUAAUGGGUGAUCGUAAAGAAUGGGGUUUACUUGAACACAAGUCCCGUCACGUUUGUUAAUAUUUGGUUACCAAACAUCAAAUGUGACUGUAUUUGUUCAAAUAUGUAAAUAUACCUUCGUUAAUGGUAAGUAAAUGUGCGAUUCAAAUUAAAAUUUGAGGUUCUAGUAAAAGCCAGACUGUACGCUACAAUGUAGUGCCAGGAUCUUGACAUAUUUAACUAUAAAAAAUGUAAAUAGAAAAGGAUAUGUUUAUAGUAAUAAUAACAUGACGUGGACGGUUAUAUGUGCAUUAGUAACGGUUAUCAUUUUCUUUUCUCCGUAAAAUGUUUCUAGAAAAGAAAACAUUUUGAAGUGCGUCCAUCAUUGACGUGUUCCAUUCUAACAAAGCAAAAAUCAAAAUUUGGAAAAAAAAAAAUCUUCAACUGUACGCGGUUGUAGAUUACAUCAAAAGGUACCAGUUUCACGGGAAAUACUGCAAAGUUUAUUAAUGAAUUCUCUUAUUUAUAAAUAUUUUAAUAUUAUGCGAAUUGCACUUAAUAUUGUUGGAUCAGAAUGUAGACCUAUUUAAAUCGCAACGGAUAAAUUCUUGAAGCAAUUCUUCUGAAACAAUCUUGUCUGUAUAUAGUCCAAUUUGUUUACGCUCGAUUUACAUCAACAGUGUUAAAACAGUUUGUGAAAAAUGGUAUGAUGAUCAUGGUGUUAUAGUGACGCGGCACAUGUAGCUAGAUCUAGUGCAUUUACUCCAGAAUAAAAAAAAAAUACUUCAUCGAAAGUGCAAUUAUGUCAGGAAAAAUAUGCAGCUUUACAAUUUCUGAUGAAUUUGUUUAUAUUUCAAUAAUACACUAUUUGCAAUAGAUUGUAAUACUUUUGUCGUUGUCAUGUGGGUAUUAUGUGAAAUUGCCUGCAAGACCAGAGAAAACA